AUGGAUCAUGCGCCACGAGGCGACGGAGACUCGGACGAGUCUGUUGCAAGAACACGCGACGAUGAGUUUUGGUAUAGUGACGGAAGCAUAAUCCUCGUCGCACGCGACGUCGAGUUCCGCGUGUACAAGGGCCUUCUCACCCACCACUCCCCCGUGUUCAGAGAUAUGUUCUCUCUUGCCCAGCCUCCAGCCGUAUCGUCUUCCGUGCCUGUCGAAUCCGCGGAGACCCUCUGUCCCGUGGUUCGCCUGUCGGACUCCCCCGAGGACAUGCGUCACAUCCUACGCGUCUACAUGCCAAGGCACGGCCCGAGCACAUCUCGGCACUCGUACCACGCGAUCUCGGCGGCAGUCCGCUUAGGUCACAAGUACCAAAUGCGGGAUCUCCUCGACAGCGCUAUCCUCUUUCUCAAGACGCAUUACCCCAUGGACUACGAUGACUGGACCGAAUUCGGAGACUGCGGUGCGCCCAGUUUCUCGCUGGAACACGCCAUUGGCGUCGUCAACCUCGCACGCCUUGUUGGCGACUCAGACCUCCUCGUCAUCGCCCUCCUCGUCUGCUGCCACAUCGACGACGCGGACGCGCUGAUUCACGGCUUCGAACGCGAGGACGGCUCGCGCGAGCAGCUCACGCCCGAGGACAUCGCGCUCUGCGAGUCCGCAAAGCGCCGACUCCUUGAGGAGUCCAAGCAGGUCUCGCUCCGCGUCUGCUUGGGUUUGCAGGUGUCGGACGCAUGCAUGACGCGCUCGCGCUGCCUGCGCAGACUCGAGCAGGCACGCCUGGAGCUCGGGGAUACGGAGACAACCAUGGCGUUUAUCGAGCCGUCCGAGCGUCCGCGUCCUCUCGACGACUUGAUCGAGAGAAGUGACCCGGGGCUGUGCGCGCACUGCCAGAAGACGGUUGCGGACCGUGAUUUGUGCGAGAGGAAGGCGCUGUGGGAAACGCUGCCGGAGAUAUUUGGCAUCGAAUUGCCGAAGGUCGCUAACGAUGAAGGGCAGGCUGUUGGGGACGCAGUUCACCCGUAG